UUUCUUCACAUUUUAUUUCCUCCAACUCUUUCCCCUUUCGUCUCCUUCUGGAAUCAUCUGAAAAUUUUCAGAACUCCAAAAAAAAAAAAAAAAUAAAAUAAUCGUAGAUUCUGAGAGGUGGGUGUUUUUGGUAGUUAUGGAUAAUUUCAUCGGGGGAGAGUUGAAGGUUUCUAUGCAGACCGGUGAGCGGCUGGGCGGGGAUGUUGCGCCGGCGGAGGACCCUCCUUCCGACGGCUUGGGUAUAGCGGCUCCGACUGAAACUAUGUCUACAGAAUGGACGGAUGAGAAACACAGCAUGUACCUGAAAUCCAUGGAAGCAUCAUUUGUUAACCAGUUGUAUAAUUCCAUGGAUUCGCGUGGUCGGAACUCGCAGAAGGGGAAUUCAUCGCAUCCGAAAUUGUCAAGGCAAAAGCAACCCCAGUUUAAUUCUCGUGCCCCUUCCGGCCGGUUUAAGGUACUUCGAGGCGGUUGCUGGCAGAAAGUCAAUUUUGUAAGAGCUGAGGCUGAAGCAAGGGCAGAUGAAGAUCUUCUGGCGAAUCCGUGGUUCCUGCACUUUAGAUCUGCCGGCAAGCCCAAAGAAUUUGAAUCUCCCAUUGUCCAAGAACUGGAUACAUCACUAUGUGAAGAAGUCGAUUCAAGUAGGAAGAAGGAAAUGACGGGUGCACCAGCUACAUGCUCGACGCAGUUUCAUGCAUCUCACUCUCAGUUGCGCCAUCAGGAUAUGAUUGGAAGCAACACAGAGGUCUCGGAUCAGAAUUUUGUCGAUGAAGAUAUCAAAGAAAAGGCAGUUGGUUCAUGUGACGGUAAGAGGAUGAAAACUCUUAUACUUAAUACCUCAAGUAACGAUCAGGUUGUUCCACUCCGCAAGCCUGCCGGUACCUGACGAUGUAACUAAGAAUGGUAUACUAUUGCUACAGCUAGAGGAAAGGAGACCGUGUAAGAGAAAAUGGAUGCAUAGGACGAUUAUUUUGUAACCUACGAAAUUAUGGAUGGAUAUUGGAGACUGCAGAUGGGCGCUAGACACCGAGUUUAAAGUGCUGUUGUCUACACGCAUACUUUAGUGUGUAUGUCAAUGGGAGAGGUGGAGAGGUAGAUAAAGUUCAAUCAAGGCAUUUGUUCAUAUGUUUUGAACACGAGUACAAGUGACAUCGGAACAGCAGGAGUAGGAAUCGGGUGCCAGAAUGUGCUGUUAUUAUGCCUGUAUAGAUUUGGUUUCUCAUUAGUCAUUGUUGUUGGUACCAUUGCCGAUUGCUAGUACUGUAUUGAUUGAACGUUGUAUCUCAUUUUUUUCGGGCGAGGCAGAAACCGGCAGUUCAGACAGCUUACUGUCUACUGCGGCCGGGCCUUCUGCGCUGCAAUGACUGUAAUGACUGUUGAACCAAGCCUGAAAUAAAGUAAAAUCAACCCUUCAGGAA